AUGACCAGCUCAUCGUCCGACAGCGAAGACGAGGCCAAGGACACCAAGCAAUCGCCAACUGGUAGUAUUUCUAUCCUCAUACUUGGUCAUAUGCAUCGUUGUAACGAUCUUGUUUUGCUGCAAUUCUUUCUGCUUCUUUGCACUACCUGGUCACUCAAGAAGAGGCGCCUCGUCCCACAUCAGGAGGAAAAACGCUCAGCAAAGGAGAACGACAGCUCGUCCGACAGCAAUGAUGACGAUGAAGAGAGCAAGCCAACAACUGUGUUCUCCGUCCUCCCUCGAGCAGAGAGGAAAGUUGCUGAGUCGUCUGAAUCGGAAGCGGAAGAUUCUGGAAAAGCGGGCAAAGAUAGCCAUGCUGACGACUCGCGGGAUGCGGCAUCGAACGAGGACGAGCGGCAAGAUGGUCGAACUGGAUUGAGCAGCGAAUCAGAAUCUGAAGACGAUGGAGGAAAGAAGGAUGAAGAGGCUGAGAGGCAAGGCAUGACCACCAAGAGCUCGAAAUCAGAUCGACACAAGCUCAGCGAUGAUGAAAGCGACCAUGAGGAAAUGAAACGCUCGGAGAGGGCCAAUGACGAUGACGCUGGAAAGGCGUCUGAGGCCUCCAAGGGACAUUACGGUCGUUCGGGCCUCAGCGAUUCUGAUUCUGAUGAGGAGGAGGCGAAAGGGAAGGGAGACGUGGAGAUGGGGGAACGGGCGAAAGUCAGCAUGAAAGAUGUGUUCGGUAACGCAGAUGAGUCGGAUGAGGAGGAGGAAUCUUCGAACAAGAUGAAGGGGCAGCGAGUGAUGCUGAACAAGGAGACGGGAAAGCUGGAGCGCGGGCCAACGGUUGAUGCUCCCGAGCAUGCCAUGAGGAACAUGGGAGACUCGAUGAGAGAGUCGUCUAGCGCUCUUCCUUCCCUGCGAGACCUUCACGCGACGAUGCCUGAACUUCCUCGCCCUGAUGACGGGGCUGUCUUGUACUACAUGAGGGUCUCCAAGCAUCUCCAGUUUGAGCCAUACGCGUUCGGCUCCGUCGAGUCAGAGGAAGUGAGGAUCAGGGAGAGGAAGGACAACGUCAGCGAAAACAUGGUGAGGUGGCGGAGUGUCGCAUCCGAUGGCGACGAGAAACGGGAGGCAGCGAAGGAGUCAAACGCGCGAUUCGUACAAUGGUCGGAUGGUUCCCUGACGCUUCAUGUCGGAGAGACUGUCUUGCAAGUGAAGAAGGAGCCGUUGAAACAAGUUGGUCUAGUUCGGAACAUUUUUGCGCACCUGACAACAACCGAAACAGACGAGCGACUUGCCAUCGUCGAGGCUCACGGAGUGAUGCAAAAUCGACUUGUCUGCGUUCCGUUUACCAAAUCAGCGGCAACGAAACAGAUCUUUCGCAGUCUUUCCAAGAUGGCGAACGUGAAGGUCGACAAGUCGGACCUCUUGAUCAAGAAGCAGAUCGACGAGAACGAGCAGAAAGCUCUGCUCGGGCAGAAGGAGACGAUGCGUAUCCGCCAGCAGUCGAGGAGAGAAGGCCUGAACCGACGACGCGGAGCGAACGCGGAGAUGACUGAAGAGUUCCUGGAGUCCGAGGACGUGGGAGGAAUGGUCCGCGCGUUCCGAAGCAACAAGAGGAAGGCAACGAACCCGGAGGCGCUACAGCGUGCGAAAGCUAGCUCGAGCAAGCGAGCUCGCUCGGAUUCUGAAUCAGAGGAGAGCAUGAGCAGUAGCAGCUCGAGCUCCAGCGACGGCGCUCGAGGACGCGCCGCCCCCUCCUCUUCCUCCUCCUCCAGCGACGAGGAGCCGGUAGCAGUGAAGAAGACAAGCGCGUCGAAGAAGAGCCUCGAGGACAGUGAGGAUAGCUCUUGA